GAACCAACUUUGGUCAUCAAGUGUGAAAAAGAAAAAAGAAUACAUGUGGAGAAGGUUUGCCAGACCAUAUUGACAGAGAGAUGGCUUUGAACAGAUCAAACUAAGAAGCUCUGAAUCUCAUCAUACUCUCAAUGCUCAUGAGCUUCUAGGUAAUGCAUCCCAUCACUCCUUUUAAGUACUUAACCAAACCUUCUUCUUCUUUUUUUGAAACACAAGUACUUAACCAAACCAACGCCAGUUUCUAACCAUUUAAAUGAACUUAACCAAAAGAUUUUAGCUUACAGAACACACUUUGGUUCAGAUAGUCACUGUCUGAAUUCUGAUGCUUAUAAUAUUAAAUGCUAUUAAGAUUUUGAUUGGUUCUUAUUUGUCUACUACUUCCCUCUUCAUUUAAUCACUCACUCUCUCUCAUUGUCUUCCUCUGCCUUUUAAAAGUUAAAAAUCGAUACUUUGAGCUCCCCUGUUACUAGUUUAGGGUUUCUUGGUCGACGUGAUGAGUCAUCGCCGAGAUUCCACCACCGAUGCAGUCCACGUCAUACCCACCAACGACCCUCCUCCGGAGAAUCCGUUUCCCAGCCCCGUAUGGGCCGCCACUGAGGAUGAUUACAGCCGUCUCUCUGCGGCCAACAACGACGACACAGAGUCGCCCUGCAAGAAAACACGCGGCUCUCCCUCUCCCUCCUCCUCCUCCUCCGAGAUCGGGAAAGCCUUCUUCAAGACGAAGCUCUGCUGCAACUUCCGCGCAGGAAGCUGUCCGUACGCCGCGAGCACUUGCCAUUUCGCUCACAGCGCGGAGGAGCUCCGCCGUCCGACGGCGGGGGAGAGUGUGAGACCAUACAAGGGAAGGCAUUGCAAGAAGUUUUACAGCGGAGAAGGGUGUCCUUACGGAGAGAGCUGUACGUUUCUACACGACGAGGCUUCGAGGAACAGAGAGAGCUUUGCCGUUAGUUUAGGCCAUCGUGGUGGAGGCAAUGUUAUUGCUGCUGCUGCUUCUCCGAAUUGGAAGACAAGGAUGUGCAACAAGUGGGAGAUGAGUGGGUAUUGUCCUUUCGGUACUAACUGCCGUUUUGCUCAUGGAGCUUCAGAGUUGCAUAGAUUUGGUGGGGGACUUGUGGAAGAAGAAGAAGGUAAGAUCGGAACAUCUUCCACUCUUGAUACAAAGAAGACAGGACAAUAUAGUCUUGCUUCUCCUGGAGUCCCGUCCCAACGGGCAUCUAAUGGGGUCAGAGUUGUAAGGAAAUGGAAAGGACCGGAUAGAAUCAGCCGGGUUUAUGGUGAUUGGAUCGACGAUAUUGAAUAAAGUCUCUGCCUUUUACUACAGUCUGAUUAAAAAGAUCUUUUUUAGAGUUCUAACUAUGUGAUGUAUUAUUAGCGUUGUUGUAGAUUGUGACUUUAACAAGACAGAGCUCUUUUUUUUUGUUGUUGUAUCAUCUGAUUCUAUUAUGCCAAAUCCUAAUUCAGACCAAAACCGAAGUAAACCGGGGUUAUCAUUGUUUGUUA